GCGACCUCUCUCGGUUUGCAACGACCAACUCGCUGCUUGCCUGCUGCCUGUCACGGUUGAGUUCUCAUUAGCGCAAAAAUGAAAUAAAAAAAAUAUAAAGAUCUUUGUCAUUAGCAGUGGCCUCUGCUUGUUGUUCGCCAGUGCCAGAUCGCGUACUCGACGUACACUUGCUCAUUGGUCGAUCGGUUCGUAGUUAGUUGUUGUUGUUGCGAUCGGAAACCUCACUUCUUAGUGCCAAGAGCUUUUAGUCAGAACUAUUCAGUAUCAGUAUCUCUCAGUGACUCAACCCUGGCGCUCGAAGCGUCCUUCUCAGUGUUGUUGUUUGUGAUAAGAAAGGAAAGUGCCGCUUCCUCAGCUGAUGAGGUUUUAUCACCUCAUCCUCGCUUAAAAUAGGAUUAGUUAGCCGAAGAAGAAAGUUUCUACGUGGAAGCGGACACGUGUAUGACUCAUAGUUGUUGUCGAUGUUCGGAGGUUUGCGACGGUAGCAUAAAGUGCGUAGAGGGGGCAAAUGUUUGCAGAUAAAUCGAAACUGUUUGAACGAGAGCAGGUCCAAAAGUUUGUUGUCGUAGACUCGAAUCGAAGGAAUUCCAAGAAUUUACGGUUCAGUUUCGCUUCAGUUAAGGUUGGAUGCACUCCACACGCGUGGCAGACAAGGGGUUUAUGUGUUGAUGGUACAAAUUCUUGAAAGUAUUCAUUCGAAGAUACAACCUAUCGAAGUAGAGCAGUGUAUUGAAAGUUUCAGAACUAUCCAAAAGCCACAAUCGAAAAAAAAGUGAAUGGCAGUAUCGACAGUUGGUGGUUGUGAUAAUCAACGGACCGGCAGCAUGGUGAUGAAUCCUCGCGGAACGACUGGCGAUCGAUUUGGCAAAGAAUUCUACCACAAAGCGGGACGGGUCAGUUGAACUAGUGCCAGUUUUGCAUCCUGAUGUUCCUGUGGAAGUGUGAUUUUAUCCAUCUAUAGAUAUUGUUUCGAAGACUUCGUUUGAAUCUCAUGAUCGAGUCGCGAAUCAUGACCCAAAUGUUAUGCUGUGGAUUUCAUUUCUUGGUAGAAAUGUUGCCGCGACUUCACGCUCUGCUCAACUGCUGUCAUUGCCAAAGCAAUUCAGCUCAACCAGCGCCGUCUGUAAAUAGCCACGACACACCGCAGAGCACGCGAAGUUCGGCGAAUCCCAACAACAACCGUCUGCGAAGACUACGUUCUGCAAGUACUCAGUCGAGUUCGGCAACCAAUUUGAACAGCGUCAACAACAACAACGCCAACCCGACCACUGGCUCCGGUGCCAACUCGAACAACAGCCGGCAUCCCCCUAAUCGCCAUCGGACAUCAGGAGCCACCGGAACAAGCACUGCAGCAAACACGGGUGGGAUAAUCUCAAGACUGGUUGACAGUAGUAGCCACGCAGCAGCAGCAGGAGCAGCGCCAGCAACGACGACGACGACUACGACCGGAAGCAACAAUAACCGUGGGUCGCCGGGUGAGAAGAAACCGCCUCUCUCCACCUCUGCCGCCGCCGCCGCCUCCAACAAUAACAACAACGGCAAGAACGACAAUGACAAGAUGGAUGAGAGAAGACAAUCGCAACCGAAAACCCCAACCAAAGGCCCACAGCGUGAAUCUACCCCCGUUCGGAAGAAGGCCAUUCUCAUCAGCCCACAGCCAAAUCCUCCCCCCUCAAGGUCGGACAGUGUCGACCGAGACCCGGAGGAGUCACCCAGGAAAAGAAACUCCCCAAUGUCGGAGUCGGAACCACCGCCUCCCGCCGAGCCGCCGACGGAUAAGGCGGACCUAUCCGAUGUGGAACCGAAACCUCGAACCAAGGCACUCACCAACGAUUCCGGGAUAGACGGGGAACCGCCGCCGCACGCCGACGAGGAGCUGGAGGAGAACCACAGGAGCGAAUCCGGACCGGUUGUCGAGAGGAGACGGCUAAAUUCUGCGAUGGAAACUAGCACCACGGACGGGGGAAGUCUGCUGCGCAAGCGGCUGGACUCGUGCGAAUCGGACAGCUCGCUGGGUCGCACCAAUUUGCGCUUCAUUCGCAAGAGUCUGGAGAACACGCUGGCGGUCGCGUACUCGAAGAACUUCAUCGACAACGACACCAUCGAGACGGAAUAUCCGCGCAACUAUGACGACAACAUCGAGAUUCUGAGUCGCGAAGCGGAGAACCUGGCGAUGCAGUUCAAGCCGUCCGAGGAGAAGCUGGUGCACUAUGGGCCCAUUUUCGACUACGAGAAGUUCGAAGAGCAGCGCAAACAGCAGAAGAAGGAGGACGACGAGGACGAAGCGAUCGGAAUUUCGCCGUGUGGACGGUUCCUCAAGUACGACAAGGAAGUCGGACGGGGCUCGUUCAAGACGGUUUACCGCGGAUUGGACACGCAGACCGGCGUGGCGGUGGCGUGGUGCGAGUUGUUGGACAAAAAGGUGAACCGAGUAGAGCGAGCUCGGUUCCGCGAGGAGGCGGAAAUGUUGAAAAAGUUGCAGCACCCGAACAUUGUGCGGUUCUACAACUACUGGGAAUCGCCGCCGACUGCUGGCAACAAGAAGAAGAACAUCGUUCUGGUGACGGAGCUGAUGCUGUCCGGUACCCUGAAGUCAUACUUGCGUCGCUUCAAGAAGAUCAACCCGAAAGUGCUCAAGUCCUGGUGCCGGCAGAUUCUCAAGGGGCUGCACUUUCUGCACUCGCGUGCCCCGCCCAUCAUCCAUCGUGAUCUGAAAUGUGAUAAUAUAUUUAUAACCGGUACGACAGGGAGUGUGAAGAUUGGAGAUCUUGGGCUGGCCACGCUGAAGAACCGGAGCUUUGCCAAAUCGGUGAUCGGUACGCCGGAAUUUAUGGCUCCGGAGAUGUACGAGGAGCACUACGACGAGGCCGUCGAUGUGUACGCCUUCGGGAUGUGCAUGUUGGAGAUGGCCACGAGCGAGUAUCCGUACAACGAGUGCAAUACGCCGGCGCAGAUCUACAAAAAGGUAACGUCCGGCAUCAAACCGGCCAGUUUGGAGAAAGUGGAGAACCCGGAGGUGAAGGAGAUCAUCGAACGGUGUAUCCACGACAAGAAGGAAGGCAGACCGACUUGCAAGGAGUUGCUCAACUGUGAGUUCUUCUGCGAGGACAUCGGCGUUCGGUUAGAACCAAUUUCGAAGGAAAGCUUCAUUGCGAACCCGGACAACACCAGAAUGGAGUUCAGACUGAGAAUCAUGGAUCCCAAGAAGAGAGUCAAUAAGCAUAAGGAAAAUGAAGCUAUUCAGUUCGAUUUUGAUACGAAAGUUGACGAUGCUGAUGAAAUUGCCAGUGAUAUGCAUAAAAGCGGAAUUCUGAUGGAGGAUGAUUCGAAGACGGUGGCAAAAAUCCUAAAGGUGCAGAUUCAAACAUUGUUGAAGGAGAAAGAAGAAAGAGCUAGGCAAAUCCAGCUCGAAAAGGAAACCGAGGCAUUGCAAAAGCAGGCAAUGCUAGCUCAACAGCUCUAUGCUAGUCAACAAAGUCAGGCGGAAAGCGAGGGGCAACCCCUGGAAUUGCAUGUUCCGCAGAUGGUUGGAGGGGUCCCAAUUCCACAGCUUCAACAGCAAGUUUACUAUCAGCCUGCCUCAUUGCCAACGUCGCAAGCUCAGCAAAUCAUCUAUCAACAGCAAAUGUCCGCUCCUGUUGGAAACGAUCAGCUGAUGCAAAACUAUCAGAAUCAAGUUGGUCAGUUUCUCAACCAACAGCAACAACAGCAGCAGCAGCAACAGCAACAGUUCCUUAACCAAAUUCCUCAGAUGCCUCCGCAGAUGCAGCAAAUCCCAUGUAGUAUACCUCAACAAACUCAACCCAUUCAGCAGCAAACAGUCGUACAGGCAGUCCCGCAGCAACAACCUACUCAGCAAGUAUUCAUCGAUGCCCAACAACAACAGCAGUAUAUCCAACAAAUGCAACAACAACAAGCCCUUAUCCAACAGAUGCAGCAGCAACAAAUUCCUAUUCAACAGCCAAACGCUGUGCCACAGUUUGUUAAUCAAAUAUCUCAACAGCAGCAACAGGUAAUUCAACAGCAAAUGCUUCAACAACAAUUACUGCAACAGCAACAGCUGCAACAACAGCAGCAGCAAAUGCAACAAGUUGCAAUCCAGGAUCAAUUCCCCACGCUUGAGCAACAACUACAAGCAGUCCUUCCUAUUCAUUCGCAGCAGCCAAUUCAACAACCUCCUCAGCAGCAACAACAGCAUUAUCAAACUCCACCCCAGCAACAGCAGCCUCAACCUCAAAUGACCCACGGCCAAUCCCUGCAGGCCGCACAGAUCCAACAACAACAGCAUCAAAUGCACAUUCAGCAGCAAAUCCAAGAACAAAUGCAAUUGCAGCACAAUUUACCCAACCAACAGAUGGUUUCCAACGGACCGCAGCAAAAAAUCCAGCAACAACAACAACCGCAACCAUCACAACCGCAGCCUCCACAGUUUGUGAAUCAACCUGUUGUUAAUCACGUCCAACAACAGCAACAACAACCCCAACAGCAAGUGCCGCAACAAGUGAUUCAAAGCCCUCCUCCUCAAAUGCAACAGCAAAUUCAACAACAGCAACAACAACAACAAAUUCAACAACAGCAAGAACAACAAAUUCAACAGCAACAGCAAAUUCAGCAACAACAGCAAAUUCAACAGCAACAACAACAAAUACAACAACAGCAGAUUCAACAGCAACAGAUUCAGCAGCAACAACAAAUUCAACAGCAACAAGCUGCAAUUCAGCAACAGUUGUUCCAACAACAGCAACUCCAACAGCAACAACAACAACCGAUUCCUCCCAAACCUAUUGAAAAUCAAAUCCCGGAACCGGUUCGCUCGGAAUCACUUCCUCCCAUGCCGACUGAAGUCGUCCAGCAGCCGCCCCCAGUUCAACACCAAUCUCUACCAGCCGCACAACAACACCAGCCGACUUUGGCGCAUCCCACGCCCGUUCCAACUCCAGCUCCUCAAACCCAGCCGCAGUCGUUACCGCCGCAACCUGCAGCGGUACCAGUUGCGCAGCAAAUGCCGCCUCUGGAUCCCGCAGUCGCUCCCUCGAACAACGCUGCUGGGCUCCCUCCAGCUGCAGCAGGCCAACAAGCGGCCAUUCCGAAACGGUUGACGAACGAGGGCUCGAAGAAGCGACGGAACUACCGCUCGACCGAGCGCAAUCCCAAACUGCAGGUGCUCGGUUUCGAGAACAACAUCGUCGAGUGCGAGAUGGAGAACCGCCCGAAGACCAUCACCUUCAAGUUCGACGCGAACAACGUGAACCCGGUGGAGGUGGCACAGGAUUUGGUGUCCAAGGACCUUCUGACGGAGGCGCAGAGUUUGGUGUUCAUUGAAAUGGUGCGCGACAUCCUGCGGCAGCUCAAGGAAAAUCCCAACCAGUUGCCGGUGGCGUCGCAAUGCUGCCGACGAAACACCGAGAAGCGCGAUGAAACGUCUUCGACGGGUUCGAACUUUUCCCAUAUGUUCGAUCCGACGAUUAUCGAUCGGCAAGCUCUGGCUACGGCCGUUUCGAGCACCACAAAUUCAUCGGCUUCCUCGUCGCCACUGUCCCAGCAACAGCCUUGUCCCACUGGCACCGGUAUCAAUGGGGAUCUUCAGAAAACGAUGUCCAUCGAUAGUAACGGCAGCGUAACUGGCACCUGUGGUUCGGAAGAGCAUGGCUCCAAAGGGGAUUUGAAGGAUAUAGUCACGAUUGGAGAUCUGAGCGGAGGUACCGGAGAUCUGACGACCGUUACCAACGUAAUGUUGGAUGAUGGGCACAAUGAUAACAAUAGUAGCUGUGACGAGAAUUCCAGAAAGACCAGUACGAUCAGUACGGAUUACACAUCGCAUGAAAAUACCCCGGAAAAUACGAUCACGUCGGGUAGUCAAAUGCAGCAGCACUUUGUGUAUAAUGAUCUGGAGCAGGACACGAGUGGAGCUGCUGCCACACCUCCUGUUGCUUCCUCCGGAUGCCAGGAAGUGGAUAAAACUGAUCAGUGUAUUAUUACAGUGCCAUUAGCCAGUAACGAUGAAAAUAGUAAACCCACUAAUACUACUAAUACUACUGCUAACAGUAAUACUGAAAUUUCAUCUAGUCAACAAAUUAGUACACAGCAGACCACCCCUGCUACUGCUACUAGUUCUACCGCAAAUUCUAUCUCUAUCUCAAACAAUGCAACCACUAGCAAUGGACCCGUUGAUUCCCCAAGUGUCGAAAACAAACAACCACUGCGAGAAAGGAAGAUGUCCCGAUUUUCCGUCACGCCAGUCAUGCUCCCAACCGAAGACAUAAAACCGGUUUCCGUAGAUUCGCCCAACCCAGCGAUGGCCAAUGAAAUGCCUACCCAGGUUCCUGUACCGGAACCAGUUGUUCCGAUUGUUGAAUCGCAAGUGCCCCUUGUGCUAGAAGUAGCCCCCGAACAGGUUUGCAUACAGGCUUCAAAUGAGGUUCUGCAACAGCAAAUGUUGAUCCAACAACAGCAAACGGAAAUGUAUCAACAGAGACUGUUGAUGGAACAACAGGAGGCGGAAAUACGUGCUCAACAGCAAUAUCAAUACCAAAUGCAACAACAACAGGCACAGCUCCAGUUCCAACAGCAGCAGCAACAACAGUUCAUUUCGGAAGCAGCCGCUUACGAGUAUGAGCAGCAACUUCUACAGCAACAAUAUCAACAAGCGCUGCUCCAGCAACAACAAGCACAACAGCAAUCGUCGCAACCGCCAUCGGUUUCGUCCCAAACUUCACUCGAUCAUGCAUCACGAGAUUCCCAGCCUAGUCGCAUGCCGGAGACGCUUGAGCAGUUGAAAAUCGGUCUCGAAAGCAUUACUCACGUGCACGUGAUAACGAGUAAACCGUCUUCGUCGUCAUCGUCCACUCACUCGGUCCAGCAACAACAGCCGAUCCAGCAGCAACAGCUGCCACCGCAGUCCUCAGUAGAUUCUCACGGACAUGUUCCGCCCAAUGACUAUCUCGUCCAGCAACAACAACAGCCCAUCUACCAAGCACAAGAGUAUGUCCCAGAAGUCCAACCGGAGGUGGCUCAAGAGUACGUCCUUGAUGGAAAUACAGCGUUCCUGGAGCAGCAACAACAGCAGCUGCUUCACCAACAACAAUUACAGCUUCAGCAGCAACACUUGCUGAACACGUUGUCAUCGUCUCAGGACGUAUCGAUGUUCAACUCGAGGAGGACCUCGGCCGACAUGAACGUCCAACAGGUGGUAGUGGAUCAGCAGCAGCAUCCCAUGCCGCAGCAAUCGCAAACCCAACCUGGAUCCGUGCCCACUUCGGUAACGGCUGUUAGCGCUGCUGGCAGUGAUGCCAGCACACCCAAUUUGCGUGAUCAAGACAAACGGUUAUCCAAUCAGGGCAGCGUCGAUCGGAUAGAUAGCUCUGGAAAUAAUUCACUGGCUGACCUCCAUCACAAGCUGGCUCAGUUGACUUCGGCUCAAAUCAACGAACCCCAGGUCGUACAACAACCGCCAAAACUUCCGCAACUGGCUGCCUUGGAACAGCAGCAAUCACUGACUCAGCAGAACUCCGCUGUUACUAGUCCAUCGCUAGAAUAUCCGGAACCAAAGUUCCCGAACGAUGCGAAACCCAUGAUCCGAAAGGUGUCACGCUUCCAGGUGCAAACCGUGCAAGAAUCUCCCAAACCAGAUCAAACGCAGUCACAACAGCAGCAGCAACAACAACAACAACUGCAAUCACCUCCAUCACAACAGCAACUUCAACAGCCUGUGCAGAACUACUCAUCUCCGACCACAGACGAGUCCUUCGCUUCCCAGCAGCUACAGCCGCUGGUGUGCGAAGUUCCCACAACCAAUGAUCUUGAGGCCAAGCUCAAUCAAGUGAUACCGAAGACGCCCAACAUGGAAACCGUGCAGCCCAACUUUGCUGCGGCCCUUCAGCAACAACAACAACAGCAAAUCCAACAGCAACAGCUGCAACAACAGAUUCAACAACAGCAGAUGCAACAGCAAAUGUCUCAACAACCAACACAGCCAAUAAUUCCAGCAGUUCCUAUCCAACAGCAGCAGCAACAACAAGUUGUUCAACAGCAACAGCAGCAGCAGCAAGUUAUUCAACAGCAACAACAACAAGCUGUUCAACAGCAGCAGCAGCAACAACAACAACAAAUUCUGCAACAACAAGUGAUAUUACAACAACAGCCACAAGUGCAGCAGCCCAUAGUUCAGCAGCAGCAGCAGCAGCAACAACCACAGCCGCAACCGACAAUGAUGCCGGUUGUACAGCAAAUGACGCCACCACAGCAGCAGCAGCAGAUUGUCCCGGUGCAGAAUGCGUCCAAUACCGUCGCUGUCUAUUCGGAGCAACAUGCCGUGGAAUCGUUCAACAGCGAGGACAUCGGACAGAACCUGAUCGCCAUCCAGAAUCACCUGCGCAGCUUGCAGCUGAUGUCCAGUGCCCGACAGCAGCUUCAACUGCUGCUGCAACGACAGCACAUCGAGCACGAGGAGCUAAAGCUGCGUCACUUUCUCGAGCUUGAAAAGUUCCUCAAGCAACAGAAGGAGGACAUGAAGCCUGCGUUACAGCAGCCACAGCAGCCGGCAGCGGUAGCAGCACCACCGCCACAACAGGCACAGCAACCACAAAUGGUACCGGUUCCUUUGCCGAUACAGUCUGCUCCUGUCCCCCAGCAGCAGCAGCAAACGCAACCGCAGCAGAUGGUCCAGGGCGCCGUCAUUACGGACAUCACAUCGCCUACGCUUACCGUGAGUCGCGGCUUCGAUCAGAGCACGAUCACAACUCCUUCCUACAACAACUACAGCACAGUCGGUAGUUCCAGCAGCGGCGGCAGCGGUCCCGAGCUGAUCGAUCUCGACGCAUCCGUUACGAUCGUGAACGAAACGAACAAGUAGAACCACCCAACUGCUACUGCUAGUGUAGUGCAUGUGUGACACACCGCCAAUGGGGGGAGUUAAAAGUGGUAGUUUUAGUGGUUCGUUUUUAGGGUGUUUUUUCUUCCUAGAGGAAUUUAAUUGCUACUACUGCUAGUGAGCAUUGUUUUUUUAUAAACGUACAUAUAUUUAUCUAGAGGUAUAUAUAUAUAUUAGGAGCCACAUUUUAUUGGCUUUCCGUUUCUCCUUCACACUUUUCCGGGGCUGCUGGUUGGCUGUUGAAUAACGCUUUCGUCAUUCAUUCGAAACCGAAUAUGAAAAGAUAAAGAGGAAAUUAUCCUAGAACGCGAGCCCUAUCGAUAUGAUCUACUACCUACCGAGCUAGUGCCCAUUAGAAUCCACUUUUUUCGACAGUCUGGCUUGCGGUACGGAACAAUUCGUGCUGACACCGGGUCACUUAUAACGCAACGUUAGAGAGAGAAAAAAAUACAAUUUUUUUGUUCACAUUCCGUA